CUUCCUCUGCAAACCUCAUAUUCCAAUCAAAUUCUUCAUUUCUUUUCCUCUUUUCUCCCCCUUCUACACAUUAUAUGCAAACUGAGCUUUCAACCUCACCGCCUUUCUCAAACGAGUUUCGAUCACAUUUCAAGCUUCCAAUGAAAUCCGAGAAAUGAUCGAACAAGUUGACGAUACUGGCUUGGAGGAAACGCUGGAGCUGGAAGGAACCGAAGAUGAGUUUUCCAUGUACAGAAAGUCUAGAAUUAAGUAUACAAGAGCUUUGCUUUUGGAAUUAACUGAAGUAGAGGUGUGCCGCAAAUUACCGAGUGAUUUCAACCUGUUAGUGCUGCGAGAGUUUGAUGUAGGAUCUGAAGCUACGGUAGAACUCAAAAGCAUAUUUGGGAAACCAUUUGAUCAUGGUCCAUUUCUUAGAACUACAAGGAAUUUGCCUUUGCGUGAUGAAAGACAGGAUGAUUAUUUGUAUACACAGAGUAAAGAGAGUCACUUGCAAAAAAAUUGUAGAUCUGAUGGAAAAGAAGUGUGUCAGCCAUUACCUCAAAAACCUGAACAGGAUGCUGGGGUUUUGCAUCAUGAGAUACAAAAAUGUGAUGUCUUUCAACUUAGCAAAACUGAGAACCCUUAUCGCCCUCCACAUCUCAGUAAGAAGAUGCGGCAACCUCUGGUCACUUUUCCUGAACCUGGAGUAGAAUCCCCAGCCUUCAGGGGUUCUGAUAGAAAAGGUUCAGCUGAUGAUAUUGCAGGACAUGAACAAUCUGGCUAUGGUUUAGCCCUUGGAGGUGCUGAUGAGUACUCAACAAAAGAGCCAGUUGGUGAAUCUGAAGGUUCUAGGAAGAACAUCGAAGGAAAUGAUGAGAUCGAGCCAUCAAAACCACUUGAUGACUACGAAGAUUUCUGGAGGAAAAAUUCCGGAAAUGUGGUGAUUGGUGGCAACAACCUUCGUGUUGGGUUAAUUGGAGAUAAUCAACCUACAGUUGAUGAAUUCUGGGCAGAGAUACUAGAGACUAUCCAUCUGCAGCUAGAGCCAAGAAGAAUCUCCCCGAAGAACAGCCCUGCUGAUUCAGACGUCAAAAUCUAUUUUCAUGAUGAAGAGAGUUUGACCUCAGUAGGCCCGGACAACCUAAACAAUUCAAGCAAAGGUGCAGAAGCUGAAAUCAGUUUACCAGAUGAAGACAGCUUGAUUACGAUCCAGGAUAUGCUAGCCCCUUAUAGCAAUCGAGCCUCAUGGGAAGCUGAUCAUAUGGUGGCAUCAAACAUUGCAGUUGACAUCAGAAAUAACUCGAAGUCAGAAAUCGUUGCCAAGAGAGAUGAUAGACCUAAGAAACGUCAUCUUAAAGCUAAACGGCAUCCUGACCUCUCAGUGUUGCUGCCACGCUCACAAACAUCUAUGGGUAUAUUUGUUCCAGAUUUACACUCCCACCAUCUGUUAUGUGAUCAAGCAGGUUUCUUUCCACUGUUCUCAACCCCAGACAUUCUCUCUUACAUACCAAGUCUAAAUAUCCUUGCUCGGUCUGAUGUUCAUCUGCCACACCCGGACACAAAAACUAGCAAUUCUGUUUCCCAGUAUUCACUGUCACACCAACCAAACAUUCUCCCACAGCAACCACACCAUCUACCAUUCGGUGAUCCUACAAACCUACUGAGUGAAUUUGAAUUUGAUGCAAUGCAGUUCUUGCGCUCGACUUCCAAUCUUUGAGGGUCUUUCGAAAAUUGGAAGCAGGUAAAUAGCAUUUGACAAUCUUAGUCUUAGUGUCCCAUCUGCUUUCCAGUAUUUCUGGUGACAAUAUAUCUUCUAACCAAAUAGACAGAACUAGUCUACUAUAUUGCCAUUCUCAUUCUCUCCUAACUGAAUAUUCAUGUUGCAUGAGAAUAGCUAGCUUUUAGUCCCCAUAAUACUAGUAUCAUUUUGUGCUUAAUGUUCCACUUUCUGCUUACAAUAUAAGAAAUUCCAAAUAUUUGAGAUC